AUGAGGAAUUCCCUCCUGAUCCUGUGUGCUCUUGUCGUGGCCGUCGCGUUGGCCGAUUAUGGCGCUAAUCGGAAGAAGAGAUGGUGUGACAACACGAUUUGCGUCGAUAAACGAGAGGCCACUCCAGAGGGAAAGAGCGCCCGUGUCGAACGAGGAUAUGGAUACGCUAAACGAGAAGCAGAGCGAGAGAGCGCCCGUGUCGAACGGGGAUAUGGCUACGCUAAACGUGAGGCUCUAAAGGAAGGAGCUCGUUUCGAGAGAGGAUACGGAUACGCCAAACGAGACACCGAUCGUGUGGAGAGGGGAUACGGCUACAGACUCAAACGAGAGACACCAGAAGAGGGUGCUCGAAUCGAGAGAGGUUACGGCUACGCUAAGCGAGAGGCACCAGAAGCAGAGGGUGCUCGAGUCGAGAGAGGUUACGGAUACGCAAAGAGAGAGGCACCAGAAGCAGAGGGUGCUCGAGUCGAGAGUGGUUACGGAUACGCAAAGAGGGAGGCACCAGAAGAAGGUGCUGCUCGAGUCGAGAGAGGUUACGGAUACGCAAAGAGAGACGCCGAUCGUGUCGAGCGAGGCUACGGAUACGCGGCU